GCAGGUGUGGCAGGAGGAGGAGGAGGCCUCCCUCUUUUGAGGGCCCCUUCUUCAGAAGAGCAGGGCCAGUUGGGGCUGGAGUCUCUGGGCGGCCUCUCCUCACCAAGCUUGAUUGCUGCCAGAAGGAGCUGGAGGGACGGCUCAGCCUGCCUUCCCUCCCCUCCCUCCGCGCUUGACGUCCACACGGCGCUCCUGUUGCGCUUCCACUCCCCUGACUGAGGGACCCACUUGGCUUCCUUCGCCCUUUCCCACCCCAUUUGCUUCAGGUUUGGCUGGAGGAGGACAGCCUGCGCGGGUCACAACCACAACCACAACCACAACCCUGGCGGCUGGAGUUCCCACGCCUCAAGCGACCAGAUGUGCCGGCAGGAGGAGGACUCAAACAAACAGCAAUAUCUGAUUUUAACGUGCUUUUCAGUACAUUCUUCACCCCAUUUCUACAUCUGAUACAGCAUAAUGAUGCCAUCACAGAAUGACGACACAGCACCAUUUGUUUGAAGGAAACACGCUUGAGAAUGUUUACCUUCAGUAGUAAAUGCAUGUCAUUAUGAACAAUUAUUUCUGGAGCUCGUUAAUUAAUGAAUCUGCCAUUUCCAUCUUCAUUCUUUGCUCAUACCUCCUAGAAGUACAGACCAGCAAAUUAUUUUCUUGGGGACCAGUAAUAGAAGAUUUAAAACAGAUUAAAAAUCAUUCUGAGAUUGAUGCUUCUUUAUAUACUGCAGAUAUAAAUUAUCCUGGGCAUUGUAAUAUAUCAGUGGUGAAGUGUUUUUAUCUUGAGAUGAAAGUGCUUUCCUAUGAAGCCUAUAUUGGAGGAAAUGAAAAGUUUUAUAACAAAGUGCAUCGUGUUGUGAGAUCCCUAGAAGCAUUUUUAAAAGGCAAACAGGAUAAAGAAGCACCUCAGUGCCAAGAAUGUGAAACAUUUGAAGAAAAACAAUACAUAGAAUUUAUGAAAAACUUUGAAACUAUUGCAAAACGAUUCAAUAGAGAAGAGAAUCUGGAAAAAGUUGUUGUGUGAAGAGAUGAGUGAAUGUGAAUAAGGUGGCACUGUUGCUCUGAACAAAAUGGAGAAGCCGCAAUGCAUGAUGUGGGGAAGUUACCUGGCAAGCAAAGCGAGGAUUUCAAGUCUGUUGACGGAGAUGGCGCAUCUUGAAGCAAACAAGAUGUAGCUGCCAAAAACCUUAUCUAGGAACAGAGAACAUACAGGUUCUAACAGUGAUGAGUUACUGUAUGUUUGGAUGACCGUCCAGGAUGUUUGAAAUUUGGACUGAUAAGAGAUGGAAUGUGGAAAACAACCCAGUUUAUACUGAAGAAGAAACUCCUGGACAAAACCCAAAAGGCGGUGGUCAGUGGAAAGGCAGAAAGGUUUAAAAGAGAGACUUUUGAAAGCAGUGACUUUGUGAUCCUGAAUCCACGGCAUCAGAUCUCCCAUGGCUUCAUGAAGGCACCUGAUCAAUGACUUCAGUGACAGCCACUCUUGUAUGCGUGAGUAUUGGGUGAAUGGUGUGUGUGAGAGCUCUCUUGGUACUUGAAUAUAUGCAUGUCUUUAUGUUUAAUAAAUGUUACAUGAAUAGUGCAAAACCAAAUUUGGUGCUUCAAGUUUCUGUGUGGGCUCCUGCUGGGGUGGGUUUCUUGGAAGAGGAAAUAUCCAACACAGUCUCAAUAAAAACAACUUGGCAUGACAGUUGGCUGCUAACAUGAUAAUAUAAUAGUAAUUACUUCUAAGUGAAGAAGAAUAGAACUAGAUCUUCUACAUAUAUGUAAGCUUUCCUAUGGAAGUGGUUGGACAUUUUUGUCAUUUGCUCAAACCAUGCAUUUAGUUAAAGGUCGCAGAAGCAGAGCUCCAUGUGCAGGGCUGUUGUGGUGAAACUGGAGGUAGUAUUUCUUCUAUUGCACUGACAAUUUUGCAACAUUGCCAUUCAACAUGGAUUGUGUAGCACAAUCAAUGUGUGAAAAUUUACACUAUGCAGCUUUGAGACAGAUCCCAGGAUAUGAGACAUUCUUGACAUACACACAGAGACCCUAACAACAUGGGUUUCG